GGGCGGGGGCGCGGGCCGCGCGCUCUCCGUGGGCCUGCCUCAGGCGGCGGCCUCGGCUGGCCUGGCCCCUCCGCGGCGGGGGCGUCUCCCGCGCUCCCUCCAGGGGAAGCCGCGGCCUGAGGCCGGCCUGAGCGCCCCAGAUGGGGGCAGAUGCUCACAGCCCGGCGUGCUUUCCUGCUGGCUGCCUUUUCUGUUUUAGUUACUCCAUGGAUUCCUUUGAGCAUCUCAGACCAGAAGAUAACCAGUCAGUAGUGAGCAGAAUGCAGAAGAAAUACUGGAAAACUAAACAGGUCUUUAUCAAAGCAACAGGAAAAAAGGAGGAUGAGCAUGUGGUUGCAUCUGAUGCAGAACUGGAUGCUAAGCUUGAGGUUUUUCACUCCAUCCAGGAGACAUGCAAUGAACUCGUGAAGAUAGUUGAGAAAUACCAGCUAAGACUCAAUGUUAUAUCAGAGGAAGAAAAUGAACUAGGGCUCUUUUUAAAGUUUCAAGCGGAUCGGGAUGCAACUCAAGCUGGCAAAAUGAUGGAUGCCGCAGGCAAGGCCCUCUGUUCUUCAGCCAGACAAAGAUUGGCCUUGUGUACUCCCCUGUCUCGUCUUAAGCAAGAAGUGGCAACAUUCAGUCAGAGGGCCAUUUCUGACACCUUGGUGACCAUUAAUCGCAUGGAGCGGGCACGCACAGAGUACAGAGGAGCCCUGCUGUGGAUGAAGGAUGCAUCGCAGGAACUCGACCCAGAUACCUUCAAACAAAUGGAAAAGUUUAGAAAAGUACAGAUCCAAGUGAGAAACAGCAAAGAUUCUUUUGACAAGUUAAAGAUGGACGUCUGUCAGAAAGUGGACUUGUUGGGAGCUAGUCGCUGCAAUAUGUUAUCUCACUCACUCACUACCUACCAGAGAACAUUGCUUGGGUUCUGGGAGAAAACAGCUCAAACGAUGUCUCAAAUCCAAGAGGCCUAUGCUGGCUUUCAUCCGUACGACUUCGUGACUCUCAAGAGACUCCAAGACACUCCAGGCAAUCUUACUGUAGACUACAAAGAAGAACAAACAGAAGGCAGCUGUCUUACUACAAACCUCAAUAAGGUAGCUUUGUCUGAAGAGGAAGAGAGAUUUGAGAGAGAACCAGCAGUUGCAAGAGCUCUGCCUAGAGACUCACUAGAAGGAGAUGAUUUUGAGAAGGAAUUCUCAUUUCUGAACAGCCUCCUAAGCCCCACUUCUUCGAGUGCUGCUGAAUUUACACAGGAGCACCAGCCUGCCUGUGGGAGCCCCAGCACUGGCCUCACAUCCCAGGAGCCUUCAGUGGGACCCGGGCCUCUCACUUCUUCCCAGUUCCUUCCUUCACAGCUCUUUGACCUUGGCCUUCAUGCUGAUGGAGCUUUCAACAGUUCAGAAUUAGCAAGAAAGAGAGAGAAAAGAAGGCAGGAGUGGAAGACAGUGGAACAAACAGCCCCUAACAACGGUAACCAAGAAAUGUCAGCCUGGUUCAAUCUGUUUGCAGACUUGGGUCCACUCUCAAACCCAGAUGCCAUUGGACACUCAGAUGACGAGCUUCUGAAUGCCUGACUGAUAUCAUGGUAAUUGAUGUCACAGGUUCAGGGGUCUUGAGGCAACAACUGUGCAACAUUUGCCUUUCUGAAGAGAAGUUCCCACUGCAACCAUACACAGAAGCAUGUGUUCAAGAUAGAACGUCUGCCAGCCAACUCUGGUCAGAGGGUUGGAGCAUCUGAGCAGACUGUUGUACUUAGGCUGGAUUUGCAAGCUGUUGAUAGUACGUGGAUACUUUUACAAACUCCUGAGUCUGCAAUACUGAGAAACCAAAUUUAUGUCCGAGUCACAGAAGCAUGGUGUAUUUCUUUGGAAGGUAUUUUAUACUUGUUACUUUGCUGUAAGGGGAUAAAGAAUAGGAUAUAAAGUGGCUACAGUUUGGGAUUUUUCCUCCAUAGUAUUGGGUUUUUCUGUUGUGGAGAACAGCUCUAGAUCUGGAAAGCUUUCUCCUCAAGUACAACACAGAACAAGAUUAGAGAACUGUCUGUUUUACUGAAAUUAGAGAGACGUGUGUUUACUUUUCUGUAUCUGGAAACUAAAUGCAAUGUUCCCUUUCAUUCAUACGCAGCCGUGGAUACGCUUAGUUCCAUUAUUAAGUUUUCAUGGGAAGAUAGCAGGAUGCAAAACCCAUCACUUGUAGAAAUGGGAAAAGGAAUCUACAGGCCUGUUUCACAAACUGCGGCAGUGACACUUUGUUCUGCAAAGAGCAAAGAGGACAGCACUGCCUGCCUGGGCAGCAGUCUUGCUGAAACCUCCAGAAACUUCUAAGUGAAUAAGCAAGGCACUUCCAAACCCCUCAUCUUUAUAGUUAUAUUCUAACUCAUUACAUGCUUUAACCCAGAGGCAGACAUGGAAAUUCUACAGAAAGUUAAGGAGCAUCCCAUGUUCUUCCUUUCGGUCUAACUCCCAAGGCGCCAUUUGAUCACUAAGCAAAAGCUAUUGGCAGAGGACGUAGAGUCUAAGGUUUGGAGGGAAGGCCAUUUAGUGGCAGCUGGGCAAGCUGGCGAAAUCAUAAUGGAUUACCACUCGCUCACUUCCUGUUCUUUCUUGUCCACCCUUUAAUUUAGGGGUAGUUUCCCAAGCGUUCUAUCAUCCAGUCCACUGUAGCUGACGUCCCACAAGGGACAUUUUAAUUAAGUUGUUUACUGUGGUUUUUAUGGGCUUCUAGUCAUUAGCAGGUUGAUUCAGAUUGAAAUUACAUGUAAUGUCCAAGCCAUGGUAUAGAGUGAGUUAUUUUUAAGGAGUAAACCAGAGUGGGUAGAAUGCAAUCCACUCCACACACUCAGCAACCUGGCUGAGCCCUGUGAACUGCCUGGGCUCUCUAGAAAGCCAGCAUCAGGUCACUGGUGCACAGGCUGCAGACUCACCUGAGGGUCAAAAACAAAUUCAGACUUGUUCCCGACUAUCUUUAGUCUUAACAAACUAUUAUCUCUUCAAAGGCACUGUCCUUCUGUUCAGUGGAAAUUUCUAGAACACAACACUGUCAUUGUUCUGCCAAGAUUAAUCACUAGCAUACUACUAUGAAUCACAGUCUAAGGCUAUGCCCAGAGCAACCACUGCCAUCAACCUCAAGAAAUGAUAACUCACAUCAUCUAUGCUACUUUUCCUUGUGAGAGGAUUCUUCCAAUGAGCUAGUUUACAGUUAUGAGAACACAGUUAUGAGUACUUACCAGAAAAGACAGAUGCAGGGAAGGCAUAGAUUAUCCUAAGAACAACUUUGUCAAAAAUGGGUAUCUCUUUUAUCUAGUAGGGAAACACAUAUGUUCUACUUUAUUUUAUUCCAGAUAAGACUUCACAGAAAGUUAGACAAGCUCCAGCACAGCCACAUCUGCCUUCUCCUCAAGAGACACAAGAAUGGCAGGUCAUACUAUCAGGUGUAAUUUGUAUUUUCUGAGAUUUGAAUUGUACAAUAUAGUUCUAAUAUCAUUAGAAACAAAUUGUAUUUCAAAAAAAUUAGAUUUCAUUAUUUGCACAUUGAAAGGAAAUAUAUUUCCAUUCUGAAUAGUCAUUUCACAUUACCUCUUGUUCUGGAUAUUUAUUUCACAUUUCCUAUCUAAUAGAUCUAGAAAUAUACAGAGCUUAAAUCAUUAGGAUGCCAGUUUAAGUGUGCUCUCUCUCUCUCUCUUGAGCGUCUAUUAAUAAAGACUACAGAAGGC